AUGUCCGACUCUCUGGAACCACCGGCCAAAAGGGCGCGGUUGGAGGCGGACGCACCCUUUUAUGGCACAUCUACAUCUGCAUCUACGCUCGACGCGCCUGGCUCGCCUGUCGAUGACAUGGACGACGACUUUUACGACACUACACCCGUCAAGCCCUCUGCGCUGCCUACUGCGGUGGACGGGACGACGUCGUUGUUUGCUACGGCGGCACCCGCGCCAGCCUUUCACCUUCCUGGACUCGGCUCUGUGAGCGAGACCCCGGUCGCGCAGUCGCAACCACAGAGCGGCGCGGUCGUCCAAGACGACGCCCCUGAAGACGGCGAGCUCUCAGAUGAGGAGGCCUUUUACCAUGAUGCGAAUCCGCAGGCCGACAUCCCAGUCGCGCCGCCCGUAGCCAAUCAGGGUCAGGCGCAGGAUGAGGCUCCACAGCACUCUGAGCCGCAUCUCUCCUCUGUCCAAGAUGCUGUUGCUGCUGCCGACACACCAGCCGCUGACACGGACGGUGAGCUCGACGCGGCUCUUACUGCCGCCAUAGACCUCCAGAACGAGAUUGAAGACACCCCCAAAGAUGCUUCUGUACCCGAUGGCGCGGCUUUCGAUAGCAAGGCCGAAUUCUUGCGCGCCGCCGAAGCCAACAGGAAUGAUCAGAACGCCGAGUGGCAGCUAGAUUCGGAUGCAUCUGACUCGGACUCGUCUUCGGACUCCUCCAGCUCUGACGACAGCUCAGAUGAGGGAUCAGACGAGGGCGAGCUUCUCGACCCUGAAGAGCAGGUCCGCCUUCUGAUGGCUGAAGCUGCCGAUGAGCCCGGCGCUUCAGGCCCAGUCAAGGUCAAGACGCUCAACGAACAGGACGAGAAAUUCGAGAUGCCGGACAUUACAGUCACCGAAAACACCAAGAUCACAGAACUCGGCAAGGUGGAAUCUAUUGUUGGAAACCUCGUCGUCGUCAAAGCCAAUAUGUCUGGCGAUGAACAAGUGCUUGAGUCUGGCUCUGCACUGUGUCUAGGAAAUCGUACCGUUUGCGGCAAGGUCUCCGAGCAGAUUGGCCGCGUGGAGGAGCCUCGCUACUCUUUCGGCUUUAACGACGCCGCUGAACUUGAGAAUCUAGGUAUUCAGAAAGACACGCCCAUCUACUAUGUGGAUGAGCACUCGACCUUCACCGAAACAGAACCCAUCCGCCAACAGAAGCAUACCGAUGCAUCGAACCUCCACGACGAAGAGACCAACGAUGUCGAGUUCUCAGAUGACGAGAAGGAGGCCGAAUACAAGCGUGAACAGAAGGCUAAGAAGCGCGCUAGGGCGGACGGCAACGACGAACAGGUAGCUGUCAACAUCCCUACCGGGCCUAGACUACACGUAGACGCACCCGCACCACCCAUCUACCGACCCAUGGAGUACCAGGGUGGUGGUCUGAAAUACAGCGACGAUGAAGACGAAGAUUUAGGCAUGUACAAGCCGCUUGCCCGACCAGACCACUUCGAGCAAAUCGUUGGUCAAGGUGCGCCACUAGAAGACCGAAGCCACGUUCGAAGGGGCAUGGGUCGAGGCAGAGGACCUUGGGGUGAUCGAGGUCGCGGCUUCCGUGGACGAGGUGGUGGUGGUGGUCGCGGCGACUUCGGCGGCGGACGCGGCGACAGAGGAGGCUACGGCGGCGGGCGAGGCGAUUUUGGAGCAGGCCGUGGUGGCGGAGGGCAGCAAAACAACCGAGGAGCCGGCAAUAACAAUAACAACAACAACAACAACAGCAACAACAACCAAAACAACAGAGGCGGUGGUGACAAGGGCGGGCGUGGUGGCAAGAACCAAUCUGACCGUGGCAGGCAACAGGACCAGUUCAACGAUCGCCAACAGAACAACCAGCAAAGGAAUCAAUACUCGGCAUCGCCAGCCCGCCAGCAACAAGAUCGUAGCCAGUCUCACUCUCAGCAGGACCGCAGCCAGUCUCAGCAAGCCCAACCUCAACAGUCCCCAUCAGGAGGAGGCGGCGGCGGCGGCGGCAAGAACAAGAACCGCAAGCAACGACAGCGUGAAAAGAGGGAACGGGAGCGCCAGGCACAACAGCAACAACAACAACAACAACAGCAGCAGCAGCCGCCGCCGCAACAGCCUCAGAAACAGCAACAACAACAUGCUUCUCCAGCACCUUCUGGGCCGUCAAACGCUAACGCUUAUGCAAACAACAGUAAUGCAGGUUGGCCAGUGCCCUUCUCCGGACCAUCACAGCCAGCGGUCCCAUAUGCUGCCGCUCCCGCGCCUCCGGCACCAGCAGCAUACAACUACCAGCAGUCGUAUACCCCUCAACCUCAAUCAGUGGCUCCAGCCCAGCCACCUCAACAGCAGAACCAGGCGGCCAACCUGGCAGCGUGGGCGCAGUGGUUCCAAGUCGUAGGAGCCAUGAGCGGACAGCAGCAGGCACCACAACCGCAAAUGCCAGCGCAAGCACCUGCGCCACCCCCACCUCAGUCACAAGCGCAAUACUCUUACCCUUACCAGCAAUAUGGGCAGCCAGCAGCCCCUGCAAACCCUCCGCAACAGGGCAAUGCUCAAGCUGGAGCGCAGUCUCUCCAAGAUAUUUUACGAGCUCUUCAAGGCGGUGGAGCACCUCAGUAG